AAACAAGGUGGACCAUCUAGUUUGAUUCUAAGUUGGCAACCACCUUCUGAAAUAGAAGGACCUAUUAUAGGUUAUAUCAUCUACUAUACCAAUGAUGUUGGACUAGAAGAACAACAGUGGGCAGCUCAGGCAAUCAUCGGCAAUAUCACAGAGACCACCAUUCAACGUCUUAAUAUGAAUCUAACCUAUUAUUUUAAAGUUCGAGCUAGAUUCAACAUGAUGUUUGGUCCUAUCUCUGAUAUUGUCCAGUUU